AUGACUUCCUCCCUUGUCAGGACCCAGCCUUCCCUCCAUCACGCCUUAUCUCUCGACCACCUCCAUCCCGGCGCAGUGGUAUAUCCCGCCACUCACGUAUACGGAUUCGAGCCCUACCACCACAGCGCUGACUCCUACGUCGUCGAGACAGGAAGUCACCAGCAUCAGCCAGAAUUUGAAGGAGUGACAAGUAGAACCUGGAAAGUGAAGCGGAAGAUGUCCAUCCCCAGACUCCCCCAAGUCCCCAAUCGCCGAUCGUCCCUUGAGGCUACCUCGACCUCUGUCCGCCCAGCUCCUCGCUCCCGUCUAUCCCUCACCAACCUCAUGACCUCCUCGCGUCUCCUCCGGCGCCUCUCCACCUCCCCUACCUCCGAGCGACCACCUCCUCAGCCUAUAGCGUUCAGCCCUACUCGUACCGGCUCCAAAGAGGCAGUCGCACUCGGCGAGGGUCGUCCCCAGCAGUCAAGGAGUUCGCGUCCACCCAUAGCUCGAUCGAGCACGCUACCUAGCCUGCCGAGUCUAGACAUGGGAUGGGAGUUGAUCGAGGGAGACGAGGUGCUGAGCGAGGAGCCGGCAUCGAUCGGCGCGGGCGAGAAGCCAAUUCCAGGGCUAGGAUAUGAUACCCUCAUCUCUCCUCAAGACGCGUCUGUCCUCCCCCGCCGUAUCCCCAUGGCUUCCACCGCCGUCCAUCAUUCCCCUCGCGACAUCCCUACCCUCACUAUGCCCACUUCUACCUCCACUUCCGAAUCGGCACCUUCGUCCCCUUGCCAGCGGGUCUGGCUCUGCACCCCUCCUCGACCCGUCGCGUCUCCCGUACUCGCCGGCCCUCGUCCUCAGCGUCGGCCUGCCCUGACCACCCGCGCCAUCUCUACCGCGCGCCUCGCGAACGAGUUCGACGAGAAUGGCGCCAUCGUACACAUCUCGGUCCAUUCGGAGCGGGUGCUCGCUAAAGGAUCGGUCGCCAAGUCCGCGAGCUGCUGGAGGGAGAAGUAUGCAUGCUGUCCGGAUGAGGACGAGAGGGCGGAGAUGGGGCUAGCCCUUGCGCGGAGUCAGAGUGCCGCGUUGCCCGAGAUGUCGGCGCUGAUGGGCGUCGGCGGGAGACCGGGACACGCGAGGGCGGAUACGACGGGGCAUGCGAUGGGUCUAGGGGCGUCCGCUUCGACCUCUGCGUUGGGCGAUAAGGGAGGAUGGGCGAGGGAGUCAUCUUCCCGGGAGCCGUUGCUCGAGGCAGGAGAGAACCUGGAGGAGCUAGUCGGCUGCAUCGGCAAGCGGAGGAGUUGGAAGGCGCUGAAGGACGAGUGA